GCAUGUGGAAAUGUUUUUAGUGCUGAAGAAAUUCCCUAUUUAGAAGUAUUAUGUGACUCCAACAAGGGGCAGAAUGUAUUAGAUGAGAUUUGUGUAGAUGGAGAGGUGGAGAAGAAUGAAGACAACAGCAGCUAUGAAAAACAAGGCUCACUUAUUGCUGUUGCAUGGAGCAAACAAACAGAAGCAACCACAGAAACUGAGAAAGCUACUUUAGAACAUGAAACUGAAGACACCAAAGAGACAGAUACAAAUGAACUACCCACUGAAGAGAAGCAAGGGCCAGCUCCUGAAUCAAGGAAUUUGAGCAAUUCUGAAUUUAUUAAAGGGGGUCUACAAGCAGAAGAUGCACAGGAAAUGGCAAUUAAAAAAGCAGGAUCUUUUGAACCAGUUUGGCCCGGUGGUGUCCAGCGUGAGAGGUCUAUAGUCCACAUUUCUGAGAUGGAGAGGGAGGAAACUAUGAGAAGCCUGGUGGACUUACAGAGAAAAGCUGAAAGUAAGCGUCAAAAAGACAAGGAAAGACAGAUGUUAAGGGUCCAGGAGCGCUUGUCCAUUUUACGAAAUAGAAAAUCUGAUGAAGAUAUGUUGGGGAACAAGCAAGGAGAUGGACUCAAGCAUCUCACUGAAAACCUGAAGAAGGAGGACAAAAGCCGUCAAAAAACUUUAGUAAGAGAGAAGCUGGAGCAAGUACGGCGCGAGAGGACACAUAUCAUGCAGUCAAAGAGAGACAGGAACACAGCUGGGUUUAAGGAGCUUUUGGAUCCAGUAGUACACAGUAAUCUGACACGUCAGGAAGAUGUUAAAGAACAGAAAAAAAGUGUUUAAUAAGAAAUUCAUUUUGUGUAUUUCAAGUACAAAGUAGGCAGGUGCUUUUGUGCUCUGUCUAAAACCUUGGCUUUAGUGAUUGAUAUUUGUUUAUUCUGCCCUGUUGUAAUAGUAUACAUGCCAUUUUCAAUGACAUGCUAUUUGUCAGGUAUUUAUUUUGCAGGCUGUUCCACACUGGACUGUAACUUGACACACACUGUUUGGCAAUUUUAUAGUAAUUUUUAGGAAAUGACUUACAGAAUUCUAUGGCACUAUUGAUGUACUGCAUUAAUUAUUAAUCACUGCAUCAUUUGUUUAAACAAGUUUUUUCUGCCAACCAAAGAAUUUGUGAAGACUAAAAAAAAAAAAAAAGCAGAUGGCGGUUAUGACAUACCAGAAUAGAUUCUAUCAUAAAGUAUUUUGGCCUGAAACAACAAAUUUUCUGUGUUUGUAAUAGGCAAGCACUGUAUCAUUUGGUUAAGUGUCAGUUUAGCUACUGUAGUAAGUUGAUAAAUCUUGGGUUAAGUGCCAGUGUUGUCAGAAUGAACUAUAUCAGAGAUGUCCAUCAUUUAAAAGACCCAACGCACACUGAAUAACCUGACUCGAUUGUAGUAAAGAAAGUGAAACAAAGUUAUUACUUCAUCACUUUUCUGCUAAAUGAGAACCAAAGGCAAACAUUUGUUCUGUUCAAAACUUCAAUGGGAUACUUCACCUUUUAAUCAAAGAGCAAUAUUUUACAGCUCAAUUAGUCAUAUAGUGUACGUUUCAAGAGCCCUGAGUUUGACUGACAUACAUUAAUGUGUGUGUAUCAUUAAAGGCACAACUAUUAGAUUUUUUGGCUUAUGUAUAUGUUAGCUUAUUAUUAGCCUACACUAAGGUUUGUACACAGCAACAUGUUCUCUUGUUUGGUUACAUGUCAACAUUACAUGUAAGUUAUCCAAGGAUAAACACAGGAGUAAUGAAACAGCCUCCACCUGUAUAUUCCAGUGAACAAAUGUGGUCAGAUGUUAACAGAUUCUCAGUGUUUAUACAACACAGAUCGUUUCUUAAAACAUGAAGGAGCAGAUUUUUCAAUUUGAACCAUUUUUGUGACAGUAAAAUAAAAAUUGUAAUGCUAUAAAACUAAAAAAACAUAGAUGAAACGA